GGAAGCCAUCGUGCGUGACGGUUAGAUGCAAAUGGCUAGAUUCAUCCCCCAGAUAUGGCGAAGGAGUAAGCCCUGGACCGAAGGGUGGGCCAAUGAAGUCAGACUGACCGGGACCGUUGGCGCACGGAGGCAGGCAGCGUCAUGAAUGCAACGUCAAGGAGGAGAAGUCCAGCUGUACAACACACAACCCCUCGCUGGGGAAUUCCGUGCCUUUCACGAAUCACUGCAGAGGCUGCCGAUCCGACCCACUCCGUUGGGGGCCAAUUCGAGCCCCUCGGCUGGUGCGUUGGCGAAUAUUCGACCACGUUGUGCGGUGGGGAGGAUAAGAAGGAGGGACGCCGCUCUGGCCGGGUGUUUAUGCGGAUUUCGUUCGAUCUUGGUGAUUAGAGAGAUGAUGCCGAACAACUCCGUGUGGCUUGUCAGACAGAUUACAGAUUACAGAUCGGAUGACUUUCAUUUGACUGUGGAGUGGACGGAUGAUUCUGCAUCCAGAGGUCGGAUUAUUUCCGAUCUGUUUAUCUUUCCUGAUUUUCUUUUCACUCGGUUCCCACUACUACUGGCGUAUCAGUUUAGACUAGAGUAUCUACAGUCUCCGUAAGUCCUCCGGACGGACCACGGAGCAGACCAGAGAAAGGCCCUAAACGGUCGACUUGGGGCGAAAGCGCGAGAGAAAUCCUUCCAAGCCACUAAGAACCUUAGCUUCGGCUGACAAAUGUUGGGUAAUGUUUGUCUCCGAUCAUCGC